AUGGGCUUGAAUCAUGCUCUGGGUGCUGUCGUUGCACUGACUAGCAUCUUAUGCUACUAUAACAGUUGUUAUUGCGGCUUCGUGUUCGACGACAUCAGUGCCAUUAAAGAUAACCGCGAUCUGAGACCGCAUUCGCCGUUGAUUAACAUAUUUUUCAACGAUUUUUGGGGCACACCGAUGCACAAGGAACAAAGCCACAAAUCAUUUCGACCUCUUUGCGUUCUAACAUUCCGUUGGAACUAUUUAUUCUGGCAAUUGGAGCCCAUGGGAUAUCAUCUGGUGAACAUGCUCCUGCACUCAGUCGUCUGCCUCAUUUACUUCAGAAUGUGCUCGAUGUUUCUGCCCGAACUAUCGAGUUUCGUGGCAGCCAUGCUGUUCGCCGUUCAUCCCAUUCACACGGAGGCGGUAACCGGCGUUGUCGGAAGGGCGGAAACACUUUCGUCCGUCUUCUUUUUGGCCUCGUUCAUUUUGUACAGCAAGGCGACGAGAAGUAAAAAAUACACAGGCUGGAAAUAUCUGGCGUUUUCAAUGGUCUCCAUGGCGACGGCGAUGCUGUGCAAAGAACAAGGGAUUACGGUGGCCGGAGUUUGUGCUGCAUAUGAAAUUUUCGUCGCUCAAAAGGUGCGCCUGCCCGAGCUGAAGUACAUGCUGAAGACCGCCAUCAUCUCGAAAUCCCCUUACCCAUGGUCGGGAAAAGCCACCAAGCGGCUGGUGGUUUUGGCUCUCACCACGCUCUGUUUGCUGCUGGUCAGGCUGCAAAUCAUGGGCUCCCAGCUGCCGGUUUUCACGAGAUUCGACAAUCCGGCGUCGGUCGCCGCGACGCCCUCCAGACAGCUCACCUACCACUAUCUGAUCAGCGUCAAUCUGUGGCUGUUGCUGUUCCCCUGCGACCUCUGUUGCGAUUGGACCAUGGGCACCAUACCGCUGGUGGAGUCUGUAUUGGACGCGAGGAAUCUCGGCACUGUUGCCACCUACGCGCUUUUGGCGGCGAUAUUGGUAAAAGCCUUCACCACGGAGAAUAAAUUGCAGAGUACUGUUUUGUUGAUGGGCACCUCGUUGAUGGUGUUCCCGUUCAUCCCGGCCUCGAAUUUCUUCUUUCCGGUGGGCUUCGUGGUGGCGGAGCGCGUGCUCUACAUGCCCUCGAUGGGCUUCUGCAUGCUGGUGGGCUACGGCUUCCACGUGCUCUCCCAGCGGCAGGACAAGCUGGCCUGCGCGUUCCUCUGCCUCCUGCUGGCCUCCCACGGAGGCAAAACCUACACGCGCAACUGGGACUGGGAGAACGAGUACUCGAUCUUCAUGUCCGGCCUGCGGGUGAACCAGAGGAACGCGAAGCUCUUCAACAACGUGGGGCACGCUUUGGAGAGCCAGGGGAACUUCGAGGAGGCUUUGAAGUUCUUCCAAACGGCCGUGGGCGUGCAGGAGGACGACGUCGGUGCUCACAUCAACGUGGGUCGGACCUACAACCAUCUGAAGAUGUUCAAGGAGGCCGAAGAGGCCUACUUGAAGGCGAAAUCGCUGCUGCCGAAGGCGAAGCCGGGGGAAUCGUAUCAGGCGCGCAUAGCGCCCAAUCACUUGAACGUCUUUCUCAAUCUCGCCAAUUUGAUAUCGAAGAAUUCGACGAGAUUAGAGGAGGCCGACAUGCUCUACAGGCAGGCGAUCAGCAUGAGGGCCGAUUACACGCAGGCGUACAUCAAUCGCGGCGAUAUACUCAUCAAACUCAAUAGGACCAAGGAGGCUCAAGAGGUGUACGAGAGGGCCUUGCUGUACGACAGCAAUAACCCCGACAUUUAUUACAACCUGGGGGUCGUGUUCCUGGAGCAGGGGAAAGCCUCUCAAGCCCUGGCCUAUUUGGACAAGGCACUCGAAUUCGAUCCGGAGCACGAGCAAGCCCUGCUCAAUUCCGCUAUACUGCUGCAGGAAUUCGGCCGGCCGGACUUGCGGAAAAUCGCCAGGGAACGUUUGCUGAUCCUCCUCAGCAAGGACCCCAACAACGAGCGGGUGCACUUCAAUUUAGGAAUGUUGGCGAUGGACGAUAAGAAUAUCGAAGAGGCCGAAAACUGGUUUCGUCGAGCGGUGCAUUUGAAGGCCGAUUUCAGGAGUGCUUUAUUCAAUUUGGCUCUCCUGCUGGCGGACGAUCAGCGACCUUUGGAGGCGGCGCCGUUUCUGAACCAACUGGUCAAAUACCAUCCGGACCACGUCAAAGGUUUAAUCCUAUUAGGCGAUAUCUACAUUAACAACAUCAAGGAUUUGGACGCUGCGGAAAACUGCUACAGGCGCAUCCUGGAGCUGGAGCCGGACAACAUCCAAGGGCUGCACAACCUGUGCGUGGUGCACGUGGAGCGCGGCAAGCUGCUGGAGGCGCAGGCGUGCCUGCGGCAGGCGCACGAGCUGGCCCCCGGCGAGGACUACGUGCUGCGCCAUCUGCAGAUCGUGCAGAAUCGCAUCGCGAAGCUGCGGCUGCAUCCGCUGGAGGCGGGCGAGCCGGACGAGAACCCGAAGGAGAAGUCGAAGGUGGUGUCGAACAAGAGCAUCGACGAGACCGACAAGAGGACGAAGCCGAUGGUGUCGGGGGACUCGGAGGAGCAGCGGUACAGCAGCAGGGUGGUGAACACGGAGCCGAUGUUCGUGAAGAACGUGGACGUGGUGGAGGAUUACGUGGGGUUCGAUGGUGGAGAGGAGGAGUUCGCGGAUGGGGCUGAGCAUUCGAAUAGUUGGACUGAAGCUGGAAGUGAUAGAGACGACCCGUCGUCGGGGAUGUCUUAG